ACCAAACAAAUGCUUCAAAACACUUUCACUGCAUACAAAGUUCAUUUUUAGUUUAAGACAACGUAUGACUUCGACAAAAACGGAUUUAAUAAAGUCUGAUAUAGGUGCGAGUGGGGCCUCCAAAAAUAGCUCGCAGCUCCACCACAGCUAUACGUCUCCAUCUCUAAGCAGUACACGCACCAUUGAACUUCGAUCUCAGAGACAAAAACAAAAGCGGACCCGGGCGAUCAGUUUAGUGUCAAGCUCACCGAACCUACAAUCAAUAGAUGAAAUAGAAGAAUUAUCUAUCCAACCUCGACGAAGAAAUAGAAAAACCCGUAAAAAACGAACCAGGAACGACAUAAUGGCGUUCAAUUGUAAGUUCCAAGUGCUCAUAUAUUUUGGUCUCGGAUCAGCCAUUUUGUGUUUUCUUACGGAAGCUGUUGCCAUGGGAACACCAUGGUGGAUAGUAGGAAUCUCUAAUAAAGACUUUGUUUAUAAUGUUGGACUUUGGCAGAUCUGCUUUGACAAUUACACCAACGGGACGGGAGAAUGUGUAAUUGUUGGAGACAACGAGGCUGAAAUAGAAGGAUACCUUCAAGAUUGGUUCGUGUUAUUCCAGAAACUCAUUCUUGGCUCUCUGUUUAUCAGCGUAUUCAAUGUAGGCGUGUCAUUGGCCUCGUUGAUCAAGGUGAACGCUUACACUUGUAACUUUGCCUUCUUCAUCACAAACCUGAUUCAAUUUUUGAGCUUUGCGAUAGCGUUUCUGUACGUGGCGUUUAAUGCAGCUGAUGGUGUUUUCGUCAUAGACUUUGGUUAUUCCAGUAUUCCCUCAGAGCUUUCAUAUUGUUUCUAUAUUUGUGGACUGGGAACAAUUUUAGCAUUCAUGGCUACGGUAUUUUUCUUGUGUGCAGCUUGUAGGAGCCCCGGCCUACAGACAUACAGAAUGUUGGUCGAGCAACAAGAAUAUGAAAGUUUUGAGGCAAAAAUUCGGCAAUCCCAAGCAGAUUUACUAGGCGAAAGCUCAGAUACACCUAUAGGUGGGAACACAAACGCAUCAUACCAGUUCUAAAUUAAAUGCUGUUUCGGUAAAAUAUACACUUCAAUCUCAAAGUUUGGCAACCCCUGACUUACCAUUGCAUGGAUAGCAUCUUAUGCCUGUUGAUGUUCUCAUUUCAAUUUCUAUAAGGUUGGAAAUGACGUAUGAUUAACUUGUUAAAAGAACACACUUGUGAAAAAAACGCUUUAACACGUGGUUUAAUGGGGAUUUCCAGUUUCCAAACUUUUGGAGGGAAGUGUAAUACACAAUGCAAAGUGAAGAAGACGAGAUGCUAUAAAGACACAAUAAUGGACAACAGUACAAUGCAAUAUUUUUAAGACGUAGCAGGGAUUAUAAUUAGAGACCUUCAUGCGGAAAUGAUAGUGACUCGGUGAUAACACUCCUGAUCACCGAGUCGUGAGACUAAUGCCUCUAGUCAGUCACACUUGAUCUACGGUAACCGUACGACGGCCGUACCUCCCCCAAAUCGAGAGAAAUAUGCUGCACAAAAUA